UACACACAAAUGACGUACUAAAAAAAAUACACAUAUAAAUAUUGCAUGUGUGUGUGUUGAUCGGUCGGUUAGGGAAGGGCUAAAACCAGUCACAUAGCGGAGGAUUGGAUGUAGAGGUGGUCGGAAAGACACUGACAAGACCGGUGUAUACUUUUCGUGUUUUUUUUUUUUCAAUACGACAAUUAAUAUUUAAUAUUUAUUUGUAAUUUAUAUAUAUUUAUUAUUGCACAAUAAUAAUGAUUUAAAUUUAAAUACUCCAAAAGUCGAUCAAGUGAAAUAAUAAAUAAAUUUCCUUUUUUUUUUUUUUUUUAGAUAAAAUAAUUUACAAUAAUUUUACAGUGAAUAAUUGUUUUUUUUUUUUUUAUUUAUUUAUAUUUUUUAAUGUGUAGUGAUUAUUUAUUGAGUGAAUGUGUUUGUGAUUAGUUUAAUAACAAUUUAUAUUAAAGUGAAAAAAUAUUUGCGAUAAAAAACAUUUGGAAAUUUUAAUUUUUUAUAAAAAAAAAAAAAAAGGCACGGCUCCACACGGGAGCUUCAUUAGGGGUGGCAAAGAGCGUGUUAGGAGGUGCCGAAAACGGUGGUGGUGUUUGGAUUGUCAGGAAAAAAAAAAACACAAAAAAUACGAAUUAAAUAAAAAUAUAUAAUUUUCAUAAUUAUAUAUUUAUAACUGAAAUUUAAAAAAAUAAAAAAAAAACAUUAAGUAGUUUUUUUUUUAAAAUAGUCCAAAUUUAUAUUGGACAUUUAUUUAUAAAUUUUAAUAAUUAGACACAAGAUAUCAACAUGAACGAAUUGGAUAGUCUUCGCCAGGAGGCGGAAACUCUUAAAAAUGCAAUUCGAGAUGCUAGAAAAGUGGCAUGUGACACGACCCUUGGUCAAGCAACAACAGGUAUGGAUCCAAUUGGAAGAAUACAAAUGCGAACGAGACGUACAUUACGUGGUCAUUUGGCAAAAAUAUAUGCAAUGCAUUGGGGAAGUGAUUCCAGGAAUUUGGUAUCAGCAUCCCAGGAUGGCAAGUUAAUUGUCUGGGACAGUUAUACUACAAAUAAAGUACAUGCAAUACCAUUACGUUCAUCUUGGGUUAUGACAUGUGCAUAUGCACCAUCUGGUAGUUAUGUUGCUUGUGGUGGUCUUGAUAAUAUAUGUUCAAUUUAUAGUCUCAAAACAAGAGAAGGUAAUGUACGUGUUAGUCGUGAAUUACCAGGACAUACUGGUUAUUUAUCAUGCUGUCGAUUUCUUGAUGACAAUCAAAUUGUCACAAGUUCUGGUGAUAUGACAUGUGCAUUAUGGGACAUUGAAACUGGUCAACAGUGUACUUCAUUUAUUGGACAUACUGGUGAUGUUAUGUCACUGUCAUUGGCACCUGAUAUGCGUACAUUUGUAUCUGGUGCAUGUGAUGCAAGUGCUAAACUUUGGGAUAUACGUGAAGGCUCUUGUAAACAAACUUUUCCUGGUCAUGAAAGUGACAUUAAUGCUGUAACGUUCUUUCCUAAUGGUUAUGCAUUUGCAACUGGAUCAGAUGAUGCAACAUGCAGACUUUUUGAUAUACGUGCUGACCAAGAACUUGCAAUGUAUAGUCAUGAUAAUAUUAUUUGUGGAAUAACAAGUGUUGCAUUUAGUAAAAGUGGAAGAUUGUUAUUGGCUGGAUAUGAUGAUUUUAAUUGCAAUGUUUGGGAUUCAAUGAAAAGUGAACGUGCAGGAAUUUUGGCUGGACAUGAUAAUCGUGUCUCUUGUCUGGGAGUAACGGAGGACGGAAUGGCAGUGGCGACAGGCUCAUGGGAUUCAUUCCUCCGCAUAUGGAACUAAAUCAUACCAUAUUUUUAUUUUACUUUAUUUUUUUUUUUUUUUAAUUAUAUAAUUUUUUUUUUCUUCUUUUUAUUCCUAAUGCGUAGACUCAUUGGCGAAUUAUCCCCAAAGAACCAAAACAAAAUAAUUAAAAUACGAGUCUAGAAUUAGAGAAAAUAAAAAAAGAGAAAAAAAAAUGAUUUACAA